GGCUAAGCUGCCAAAAACAGAGCAGAGCAAUGGCACUGCCCGACUGGAGACCUCCAGCCUCCCAAACACAGAUGGAUGGCAUCUUAACCAAAAGGCUUUAUGAGAUGGAGGAAGGACAGAGCAGUCCUGCCAACAGGAGAGAGGGCACCAGUAGCCUGAGCAACUUUCAAGACGGCAUGGAAGGAGGGAGACACUGGUCUGAUAAGGAGGUUCGAGCUCUCCUUAACAUCUGGGCUGAACGUGAGAUGCAAGUGCGGUUGCAGAGCACCCAUCGAAACAAAGCAAUCUUUCAGGAGAUGGCCCGCCGCCUGGAGAUUCAGCACGGUGUGGUGCGAGACUGGAGACAAUGCCGUACCAAAUACAAGAACCUUAAAUAUGACUACAAGGUCAGCAAGAGUCAAGGCCGACCGAUGCGCUUCUUUACAGAGGUGGAUACAAUUCUGCAGGGCAAGGAACUUGAGGACCUCAUAGAUGAGGAGGAAGAUUUUACUAGGCAGGAACCAGAAAGAGACCAAUCAGCUGGCAGGAAAGAACCUGGAGAAGACUACAUUAAGAUUGAUGAUGUGCGCAAUGUUAUUAAGAAGUUUGCCAAGCAUGGAACAGUCAAGAACCUCCCUGGAUGUGGAGGGAAGAGGAAAAUUGAUGAGAGAUGUCUUCGAAGUUUGGUGCGAAUGGUGGAAAAAACACCAUGUCAAACAUCCAAAGACCUGAAGGCCAACCUGGAACAGUCUGGGGUCAUGGUUUCAAUAAAUGAAAGUCUGGCAGAUCUCCAAACAAUAAUUAACACAGGUUCUCAUCAUUUUAUUACAAACGACAUGGGACCAACUGUAUCACCGCUGUCUAGAAGGCAAUCAGAGGAAGAGAACAUAAUCACUCUACACGACUCGGGACGUAACUGGUCCGAAGAGGAGGUGGCGGCAUUGCUCAAUAUCUGGUCUGAGGAGGGGAUCCAAGACCAACUGCAGGGCUCAACACGAAACAAGGAUGUAUUCGUGCAGAUAUCACGCAGGCUUCUUCAGCAGGGCGUAGAGAGGGACUGGAAGCAGUGUCGUACCAAAUACAAGAACCUGAAAUAUCUUUAUCGCUCCCUGCAGAGGGGCAAGGCUGACGUUGGAGACACUCGUCGCAUCAUGAAGUUUUACGAACAGCUGGACAACAUUUUGUCCCGGCCCACCCGGGGCAUGUACAGGAACUCAGUGAUGUUUAGCUCUCCCACAUUUGAGGAGCAUUCCAUGUGCGAAAUGUCUGCACACGAAGACGGCGACAUUAUUGCUUUCGAAAGUGAUCAAGUUAUAGAUAAUACCAUUUUGACCACGUCCUCUGGGGUUGCCACCAGAGCUGCACAAAGUGAGGCUAGAACAGAUGCCACUUCAAGAAGGAUGGAUAAUGUCACUGAGGUAGACUAUGAAAAAGAGGCCCAAGUAAACAGCAUGUUGGUGACGUCAAAAGACAGCGCUCAGGCAAGACAUGAGGAACAGCCUUUGCCCAGUCGGGUGGUCUUGCGUAGUUCAAAUGGAGAUCAGGAAUACAAAGCAAACAGAGAUGACACUGAGACAUUUGUGGAGAUGAGAGCUGGAGUGUCUGCAAGAGGAAGAAAGCGCAAAGGGACAGAUGAAGAUUACAGUCAGACCAGCAAAAGGUUUCAACAAAGCACAGAUGACGGAGACAGCAGCACAGAUUGGUCUGAGCAUAUUGACUACCAGUUCAAAGAAGAGCAGGAUCAAUACAUUCCGAUCAUGGAGAUCAGUUCUGUGUGCUCCAUGGCCUCCAGUCCUACCAUUACUGAAAACCUGGAUAAACCACAUUCUACUGAAAUGGCGUCAACCACAGAUCUGAAGCUUGGUAAAAAGCUCAAUGAGGGCAAGACAAAGCAGAUCUUUGAGCUACUGGACAUGCCAGGACAUGUGCUGGUCCAGUCCAAGGAUCAGAUCACAGCAGGCAAUGCGGUUCGGAAGGAUCAGAUGGAAGGCAAGGCAGCAAUCUCCAAUAAGACCACCAGCUGUGUAUUCAAGCUCCUGCAGGAUUCUGGCAUUAAGACUGCAUUUGUGAAGCAACAUUCUGAGUCGGCAUUCAUAGCUACUCACUGUGAGAUGAUUCCCAUUGAGUGGGUGUGCAGACGUAUCGCCACAGGCUCCUUCCUCAAAAGAAACCCAGGGGUCAAAGAAGGCUACCGCUUCUCACCACUGAAAAUGGAGAUGUUCUUCAAGGACGAUGCCAAUAAUGACCCACAGUGGUCUGAGGAGCAGCUGCUGGCAGCAGUCUUUGAUCUAGCAGGGUUGACUAUUGGCCGCUGUGAGGUGGACAUUAUGAGUAAGAGCACAGUGGCCAUCUUUGAGAUCUUGGAGAAGGCAUGGGCCACCCAGAACUGCACUCUGGUGGACAUGAAGAUCGAGUUUGGUGUGAAUGUGAAUACCAAGGAGAUUGUGCUGGCUGACGUCAUCGACAACGACUCAUGGAGGCUUUGGCCAGCUGGAGAUCGCAGUCAACAGAAAGACAAACAGGUUUACCGGGACCUAAAAGAAAUCACACCAGAGGCUAUGCAAAUGGUCAAGAGGAACUUUGAGUGGGUGGCAGAGCGAGUGCAGCUUGUGCUUGAACCCCAGACGAGUGGAAGAGUGGUAGUACUGAUGGGCUCUACCUCUGACAUGGCACACUGUGAAAAGAUCCGUAAAGCUUGCAGCACAUACGGUGUCUCUUGUGACCUCAGAGUCACUUCUGCUCACAAAGGUCCUGAUGAGACACUUCGCAUCAAAGCUGAAUAUGAGGGUGAUGGGGUCUCAACCAUUUUUGUAGCGGUGGCUGGAAGAAGCAACGGUUUGGGGCCAGUGAUGUCUGGAAACACAGCUUUUCCUGUCAUCAACUGUCCUCCUGUUACACCUGACUGGGGUGCCCAGGAUAUCUGGUCAUCUUUACGCAUGCCCAGCGGUCUGGGGUGUUCAACAGUUCUGUCUCCGGACUCGGCUGCUCAGCACGCCGCUCAGAUCCUGGGUCUGACCAAUCACCUGGUCUGGUCUAAACUCCGGGCUUCCAUGCUCAACACCUGGAUAUCGCUGAAGCAGGCUGACAAGAAGCUCCAGCAGUGCAGCAUCUAAACACAAAGCAAUUGUUUUCCCAUGAGCUAUUCCAUAUGUCGAACCAUUCCAUUACACACUACUUUAUUAAAUGAGCUUUUUCCAAUAAUGCAAGCUAAAGAAUUAACUAAUACCUAAAAUCAUUUUAGGUAGUAAUAAACAGAUCAAAAAGUAGUAAUCCUUAA